AUCGAGUUUCAGGGUUACCUCGCUUCUAUGUGUUUAAAUAAUCUUUGAUUACUUUCAAUCUUUGUCGUUGUUCUUACGUUUGGUAAUCUAAUUAGUUUUAGUCUACGGUUUGUGAUAAUAUUAGCGUUGCGUAUCGUUCUAAAGUACCGAUAAUGAUAAUUAACCUCACAAGAGCUAAUCUCUGUCUAUUACUUUAUUUAAGAAUUUGACUCAAGAGAGCUUGAAACAGAUUCGAGAAGGAUGCUCCUUAACUUUGAGGAAGGAUGGUCCUCCUUGCAGAAAGGUAUUACUGAGCUGAUAAGGAAUAUAGAAGGAGAGCGUCAACCAGCAUAUAACAAUACGCAAUAUUUGAAUCUUUACUCAACUAUCUACACUAUGUGUACCCAGAAACACACUAAUUACUCACAACAGCUUUACGAAAAUUAUCUUCAAGUAUUUGAAGAUUAUACUAUCCAAACAGUGUUGCCAUCCUUAAGGGAGAAGCAUGGUGAAGAUGUGCUAAGAGAGCUUGUUAGGAGGUGGAAGAUUCAUAAAAUUCUGGUCAAAUUGUUAGGCAAUAUCUUCCAUUAUCUCCACAACUACUAUGUUAUUCGGCGAUCCUUGCCAACACUGAGAGAAGUUGGAUUGACAUGUUUUCGCCGCCUGGUUUAUCGUGAGAUGCACUCCACUGCCAAAGAAGCUGUAUUAGCGCUUAUUCAUAAAGAACGUGAGGGCGAAGAGAUUGAUAGUGAACUAGUGGAAAACGUAUUAGAAGUCUAUGCGGAGAAUGGGAUGGGAACUAUGGAGAGAUAUGAAGAGGAUUUUGAAAGAUUCAUGCUUCAAGAUACUGUAUCUUACUAUUCUCGCAAGGGAUCAAUGUGGAUCGAGGAGUGUUCUAGCUCUGAUUAUUUGCUAAAGGCAUGUCGGAGACUAUGUUUUUAUUCGAUUUCAGGAAAGUAA